UAGAAUAUUUUCUCUUACAAAAAAAAAAAUGAAUUCUGGGUAACAAAAAACUGUGUGUCGUUAAUUUGUGGUGAUUAAUUUGUCCAUUUAUAAUACAUACGUGAGCAAUCAGUUAUCAGCAACACUAUUUACGUGCACUUAAUACCGUAACCAAUAAAACCCUUAGUAUUCGUUUAAUAUAUUAUUAUUUAAGUUACUAAAUCUUCGUCACUUAAUUUACGUUACAAUAUCGAUUUCUCGAGUUAUAAAAAACUAAAACUACAUAUAUAUAUGUACCCACAUAUAUGUGUAACGAUACCAAUAUCAAUAUAUUUAUAUAUAUUUAAGUAGUCUCGUACAACGUAGUUUAAUCUAGAGCCAGACAUAGUAAAUAAUUAUAAAUUAAUUAAUUAAUUGUUUUGCACACUACUGUGUAAUUACCGACAUGAUUGACCUAACAGUCAAGACUUUAGAUUCACAGAAUCACACAUUUUCAGUUAAUGAUGAUAUAACAGUGAGGCAGUUCAAGGAACAUAUUGCUGAGACUGUAAACAUUCCUGAUAAUUUACAAAGACUUAUUUACUGCGGGCGAGUUCUUCAGGAUGAAAAAUUGCUCACAGAAUACGAUGUCAAUGGAAAAGUCAUCCACUUGGUGCAACGAGCACCGCCGUCACUUACCCAGCGCAGUAGCAACAGUAACCAAAACCAGACCCAGAAUUCAUCGUCGAAUGGUGACUGGACAUCGAUGCCCCGGAUACAUUACCGGCAGACUGAAUUCCGUGGGAAUCCGAUGUACGUUGGCUCGGUUUCAUUUCCCGCAGACGUUCUCGAAGGAUACGAACUACCGAUUCCACAAUUGAAUAAUUCACUGACCAACGGACAUGUGUCAGUGAUACGUCGAAUGCUGGACCAAGCGAACCGCAUAAUAGAUCGUCUGGACAAUCCAGGAACGACAGACUCAACUAGCUCUGAAAGCGCUUCGUCAACAUCACAAACUCCCACGCAAACUCAGUCGGAGCCGGCGACAGAGACUGAAGCAUCUUCAUCAGAGUCAGCUCCCGCUUCUCAAUCAAAGCCCUCGACACCAACUCCGAGUGCAUCGACAUCGACUCCAGCAUCGACAGAUUCAAAUUCAGCUGAGAGCAGUCAGUCUGAAGCUCUAGUUCCUCGUGAGUUGGCUGAGUUACUUGACAAGCUGCUGACAACUCAGGACCGUCUGCGUCCUUACAUUCGUGAUCGUCUUCUCCAUACCCCUGAAGCCGGCGCAUCUCCAACUCCAUCGACUCCCGAAGAGAACCAGCGCAUCCUAGACAGCGUGACCGAGUGUUUCCACUUUUUAUCCCACGCUCAGCAUGCCCUCAGUAACCUGAAUGUCAACAUGCAGCAGCCUUCGCCGCGUGUACUGCGCUGCAGACCGAUAACUAUUCAGCCGUCUGCGAUCCUGCAAGCUGGGUUACCGAUCCAGGUCGAGGCCCACAUAAAUCUCCACGGCCAGGAUGCAAAUUCUGACAGCGACACCGCCAGCACCACCAGUACCACCAACGUCACCGCAACUACCAACUCAUCAACAAAUUCUGGUAAUCGUCGAGAGCCGACCGCCACCACCGAAACAUCAACGCCUCCACCAUCGGCUGAUCGCUCCACUGAAAAUAAUCCCGCCGCAGCAGUCGCAGCUGCAGCUGCUGACUCUCUGAGCUCCAUGUUCAACUUUUCGAAUAACGUCGAAGUUGUGAUGGAAAUGGGGCCGCAGGCGCCGCGGGUCUGGACAUUUUCAACUGGAGAUCAAAACCAAAACAGCAGCAACAAUAAUAAUAAUAACAACAACAACAACACCAAUGCCAACAACAACAACACAAACAACAACACCAAUAGCACCAACAACAUGACCAAUGGAAGCAACACAACUGGAGGCACUCCUGGCAAUGGAACCGGUCCUGGAGCAUUCCCAUGGGGAAAUACCAACCCACCUUUGCCUGACAUAAUUCGCAACGUGAUGCAAGCGGUUGCAGGCUACAUGACACAGACCAACGUCUCUCCCUCCUCGAUUCCUGUCACCCAAUCGAUGGGCAAUCAAUCAACGCCAACAACGACAGCUACUCCCGGCACUGGAACUCCAGGCUGCACUCGUCACCGAUCAGCAGCCGUAACUGUCGGAGAAAAUGCUCCGACAACUGGUCAGAGCUCCCAGACACGUGGAAGCACAGAAACGCAUCCUACAACUUCAACCCAAACUCGCACAACUCCCCGUACUCACGUGAUCCAUCAGCACGCUCAGGCCCUCGGUCUAGGUGUCGGGUUGGCUUCCAGCAUCGACUUUGAUCCUUUCCUGCCCUGCAAGUCUUAUCACUUAAGACGCGCCCAGGCCUCGACCACCAGCACUGCGGCUUCUACCCAAACCGGACAAGGAAUGACUGACAGCAAUCAGCCGUCAAAUCAAUCUCCUGCUGGUUCAUCCGCGCGCUCCAGAUUGACAACUAUCGCAGGAGUUCUCAAUGCUGAUAAUAUUUUCAAUAACACUCCCUUGAGUGAUAGUCUCAAUAAUGCCGCCAGAGUCAGUUGUGACAGUCGGCCGUUGUCAUUCAACUCAGUGUUGCUGAAUCGUGGCAUCAAUAUCAUGCCUGAGAAUAUGUCAUCAACUGCCCGAAGAUCUCAAAGAAUAUUUUACAUUAUUUAUAGUGUCUUGGGAAAAAUACCCAUGCACUCGUGGAUAAACAUCGUCAACGGUGACACUAGUCCACUGAGAAGUGUCAUGCAAGAACUGCGAGAGAAACUACGCAGCCGUUACCAGAACCUCGAGGAAUCUGAAAUACCUGAGGCAGUCGUCGACGACGUCUUCGCUGAAAUCAGCACUAUUCUCGACGACGUUUUUCGCCAGCCCCGUGUCAACGAUCACAACAAUGGCAGAGUUAUCGAGCUCCGUCAGACUGUCGACAAUUUGAUCCGCAGACACGUGAAAGCUCUGAUUCAAACAAUUUUCAGUGACGCUGACGACAAAGUUGAUCAAGUCCUCUCGCAAUUAAACAAUUUCUGUAGUGAUUUAGGCUCCGUAUUAUGUUACUCAUUACGUAAUGAUAUCGAUUUAAUGAGAGUUAAAGCUCGUUUCUCUAGUAUGAUAACAUUAAGUUUUCCACGAUUGUUGCGUGAAUUUGUUUAUCAAACAAUAGAUAAUUUAUUUACGAAAUAUUCACGUCAGUCAGCGCUGCCGUCGCAAUCAGAUAUUAUUUCAAUGAUUGUUUACAAAGAUACCGCUAAUUUAAGUGCAGCAACGUCAUCUACACUUAAUAAUGAAGUACAGUCAUCAUCGGAGCCGAUGGAUAUCGAUGUUUCCUCAAACGAUCAAUCUUCAGAUGCUCUUCUAGACAACGAAGAAGUUCCUUCAACAUUCCCGGGUCAUACUAAUCUAUUACCUGAUUGGGUACCGAUAAUUGCACGCGAUGGCGUCAGACAACGCAGACAAUUGGCGUUGGGUUUAUCUGAUAGCAACGUAACGACGUUAAGUGACGCGUAUCUGGCGACGAUGCCAAGCAAACGCCGGAAAAUUGUUGAGCAGCAGAAACCCUCGCUGCUGGUCAGCCCAUCGGCCAACAGCAAUUCCGUGGUAGCGGCAUCGAUGGAGCGAUUAGUCAGAGAGAGUAUCGGCCGCGCUGGCUCCGAAGAAGUUGACGGCGCAAUCACGGCACUUGUUGGUGAACCGACAGUCAGACGCGCGUUUGGUCAGGCCAUUCGCGAAAGUUUGAAUCCCUGCAGAUACGAGACGCCCGAUUUUCCAGACCCUCUGCGUUUCCCCAAUGCCACUAAAUUUUUCACUGAUCCAAAUAUACCACCGAAGUAAUUGAAUUUAUUUAAAUGAUUGUCUCUAAUAUUAAUUGAUAAGGAUACAUAACUUGCUUGUAACAUGGUUAUGGAUUGAUUUAUAUAAUUAUUUACUUUUUGUUAAUUAAUUAAUUGAUUAAUAAACUUUACACGUUUGUACACGUGUUUAUUACAUUAAAUGUAUGUUGCUAAAAUUUAAUAAAAAUCUCUAGUAAAUUAAA